AUGGGGGGAACCCCCAGACUCGGCAGGACCCCAGGCUCAGCUGGGGCUGUAGGCAUACACCCUGUAUGGACGCCACAGACUGAACCCUCUGCAGUGACCACUAGCUGCUCCUCUGUGACCUCGGCCACUGCUGCCUCUGUGAUUGUGGCGGUGGUAGAAGGGCGUGGGUUGGCCAGGGGGGAGAUUGGCAUGGCCAGUAUCAACCUGAAAUGCCCAGAGCUGGUCCUCUCUCAGUUUGCAGACACUGGGACCUAUGCCAAGGUUAUCACCAAGCUUCACAUCCUGGUGCCACUGGAGAUACUAAUGCCAGACACUGCCAGUGAGAAAGGCAAAGGGACCAAGCUAUACAACCUCAUCACAGAAAACUUUCAGUCAGUAUCUUUCACUGCAAUCCAGAGAAAGUACUUCAAUGAGAGAAAAGGGCUGGAGUACAUCCAGCAACUGUGUGCAGCAGAGUACAGCACUGUUAUCAUGGAGGUGCAAGCUAAAUACUAUUGCCUGGCAGCUGCUGCUGCUUUGCUGAAAUACUUUGAGUUCAUUCAGAACUCCAUCUAUGCACCAAAGUCACUGAAAGUAAGCUUCAAAGGGAGUGAGCAGACUGCCAUGAUCGAUUCAGCGUCUGCCACUAACCUGGAGCUGGUUGUCAACAACCGGGACCACAGGAGUGAACAUACCCUGUUAGGGGUGCUGAACUACACCAAAACCCCUGGUGGGGGAAGGAGGCUGCGCUCUAACAUUCUAGAGCCCUUGCUGGAUGUCGAUACCAUAAACAUACGUCUGGACACCAUUCAAGAGCUGUUACAGGACGAGGAGCUCUUCUUUGGCUUAAAGAACGUAUUGUGUAAACAGAUGGUGCUGAAGAACUGUAACACUGCUCUGCUGAAGGCUUACAGCAGCUCACUGGAAGACAACAGGUUUGACAUGAUCCUGGACCAGAUCAAGACAGUGAUUAAUGAUGACACCAGCUACAUGAAGGGGAGCCUCAACAUGCGUACACAGAAGUGCUACGCUGUGCGCCCCAACAUCAAUGAGUUCCUGGACAUCGCCCGGCGAGCCUACACUGAGAUUGUGGAUGACAUUGCAGGGCUGGUUGACCAGGUGGGGGAGAAGUAUGGCUUGCUGAUACGCACCAGCUUCAGCACAGCUCGAGGCUUCUACAUCCAGAUGAAACUGGAGGGGGGAGCUUUACCUGAUGGGGAACUCCCAGCUGACUUCAUCAAGGUGACAAAGCACAAGAACAACUACAGCUUCACCACAGCAGACCUGAUGAAGAUGAAUGAUCGCUGUGAUGAGGCUCUGAGGGAAAUAUUCCACAUGUCCUAUGUGGUGGUGUGUCAGCUGCUGAGUACAGUUCAUGAGCGUAUCCACUGUCUUUACAAACUGUCCGAUGCUGUGUCCAUGCUAGACAUGCUGCUGUCACUAGCCAAUGCAUGCACCAUCUCAGACUAUGUGCGUCCUGAGUUCACAGACACACUGGCCAUCAAGCAAGGUCGUCACCCCAUUCUGGAGCGCAUCGUUGGCCAGCAGCCCGUGUCCAACAACAGCUACAUCUCUGAGGGCAGCAACUUUGUCAUCAUCACUGGGCCCAACAUGAGCGGCAAGUCCACCUACCUCAAACAGGUGGCGCUGUGCCAGAUCAUGGCUCAGAUAGGCUCCUUUGUGCCUGCUGAGUAUGCCUCCUUCCGCAUUGCUGACCAGAUUUUCACCAGAAUCGGGGUGGAUGACGACUUUGAGACAAACUCCUCAACCUUUAUGGUGGAAAUGAAGGAGGCGUUCACUCUGUUUGCCACACACUUCCUGGAGCUAUGUCAGCUGGAGACAUUGUACCCCAAUGUGGAAAACCAGCACAUGGAGGUUCAGCACACCCGCACUGGUGACACGGGUACAGAGAGUGUCUUCUAUACCUUCCUGCUGAGCCGUGGAAGCUCUGAGGAAAGAAACUAUGGUCUGAGGGCUGCGGAGAUGACUGCACUGCCUACAACCAUAAUCCAAGAAGCAAAGGCGAUUAGCUCCAAAAUCAGCCAACAGCUCUUGGCCAAGCACCACAGUGAUCCGGAAACGCAACGGCAGAGAGCAGUGUACCACCUGGCCACCCGGCUCCUGCAGACAGCCAGGAACUCCAAGCUGGACCCUGACAGCCUGCGCAUCUAUCUGAAGGGCCUGAAGAGACACUAUGAAGCAGAGCUGCAGGUCACAGGAGAGCCUGUGUCCAUGGAGACAGAGGAAGAAUGA